AUGAUUUGGAUUCAACUAGAACAUCCUAAGCACCUCACUACAAUAUUCAGAAACCUGACCGAGGUGUAUCUUUACUGUAUCUUUCCUGAGUGCGAUCUGAACUGGACCAUGUUUCUCGUCGAAGCUGCACCUGCCCUACUGAAUUUUACAUUGCUUCGAAAUCAACAUCCAUGUGUCAAACCGUCUGAGUAUAGUUCCCAGAAGACCAACAUGUUGUGGGAACCAUCCAAGGAUUGGAAGCACUUGAACUUGAAGUUACUGGUGAUGGCAGGGUUCGAGGACGAAGACAAGGUGACAAACUAUCUAAAGCUAUUCAUGGAACGAGCCGUGGGCUUGAAGAGAAUCGACCUGCGUGGUAAACACCCUUGUGAUGAGUGCAAUGCCAUGGACCUUGAACUUGAGUCCACAAGAUCCCUUGUUGACAAAGCUAGCAGGUAUCGGAUUAAGGAGCGACUCACACAUGAAUUCUCCUUGUCUGUCAAGAUAACAAUAUGUUGA